UUAGGUUUAGAGAAUCAUGCCAGAAUCAACACCAUUUUCUUUUUGACGAUACGGAGUUUUUGGCGGGAUUUCUGCGAGUGCGGUUGGCAUCUUAUUUUAAUUAUUCUAAAAUUCGUUCAUAGUGGAUAUUGUGAAAUUUGGUGUUACAACCGUCUGCGCAACUGAAGAAUUAGUGGAAUCUUUAAAAUAUACGCUAUUCCGGUCAAGUGGACGCGAGAACUUGUUGUAGUGUUGACUACCUCACAGAAGCUUAGAGAAAAAGCCAACUCCAUAAAUUUCAUGCCAAACACUCCAAGAAACAUUAGAAUGCGUCACACCGACAUUCGAAUGUAAAAAAAAGAAGAUUAAUAUAACUAAAGACUAGGCUGUAUGGGCAUUGUUCCCUUUGCCUUCCCUGAAAAAGGAGAAUCUUAAAUAAUAUUGACGUUUCAUUAUACAUAACGUUGAAAUUUUAAACGCAUACAAUUUAGGUAAAGUUGAGAUUUCAUAUACUCAAAAAAUGUAUACUCAUAUUUAAUAUGAAUGGAAUUCAUAAAAUAUAAAAUAACAUUUUGUUGCUUGUAAAAUUCUGCUCUAAUUUAUUAUUAUUUUAUAUAGACUAUGAUGUUAACUUAAUCGAGAAAAACGGAACGCAUUCGGCAGUGAAAGAAUAUCUACGAUAGAUAUAAUAUCAUUGGAAUAUCGAAAAUCCACGAGAAUAGCAUUUUUUACCAUCAGUAGAUAUUUUCAAUAGAUAUCCCUACUUUCGAUAUUAUCUCGAAGCCGAUAUAAUAUCUACGCCGCGAGAAUUGGGGCCCAGCUGUUCAUGCCUUAAUAAAAGAAGAAGAAGAACAUUUGACUUUUGACAGUGUUUUUGGCGGGAUUUCAUCGAGUGCGGUUGGCGUCUUAUUUUAUUUAUUCUUAAAUUUGUUCAUAGUGGAUAUUGUGAAAUAAAAUUGGUGUGAUUUUGUGUUACAACCGUCUGCGCAACUGAAGAAUUAGUGGAAUCUUUGAAAUAUACGCUAUUCCGGUCAAGUGGACGUGAGAAUUUUAUUGUAGUAUUGACUACCUCACAGAAGCUUAUAGAAAAAGCCAACUCGAUAUAUUUUGUGCCAAACACUCCAAGAAGCAUUAGAAUGCGUCACACCCACAUUCUAAUGUAGAAAAAAGAAAGAUUAAUACAAAAAUAAGACGAUGGCUGCAUUGCUUUGCCUUUCUCAAUAGAGAAGAAUUGAACUAAAAAAAAGGGUUUUUGGCGGGAUUACAUCGAGUGCGGUUGGCGUCUUAUUUUAAUUAUUCUUAAAUUCGUUCAUAGUGGAUAUUGUGAAAUAAAAUUGGUGUGGGUUUGUGUAACAACUGUCUGCGUAACUGAAGAAUUAGUGGAAUCAUUAAAAUAUACGCUAUUCCGGUCAAGUGGACGUGAGAAUUUUAUUGUAGUGUUGACUACCUCACAGAAGCUUAUCGAAAAAGCCAACUCGAUACAUUUCGUGCCAAACACUCCAAGAAAUAUUAGAAUGCGUCACACCGACAUUCUAAUGUAAAAACAAAAAGAAGAUUAAUUUACUUAAAGACCAGGCUGUAUGGGCAUUGUUCCCUUUGCCUUCCCUAUAACGGGAGAACUUCAACAAAAAAAUAUAGUGAUCUGUGACAUUGACAGUAAAUCAUAGAGUAACUUUGUAGUAAAUACUUGUUCUUGGUCUGUGUAGUAAAUACAUAAUUUUGUAGUGCAAUGCAACUAAUUUACAAUCUUAUUUAAAUGCAUAUUUGACAGAAAUAUAGUAAUAGAUUAUAACCAAGUAACGUUUUUAAAACCUGCUCUGAACUAUAUAAGUAUAAAUUACAGCCAACGCUUCUCAGACAUCUGAAAACAAAAAAUGGUUGCCUGUAAAGUCGGUUUUACGGGCGAAGAUUUUACGUGACAACGUCUUUUUCUCGGUAGAAUAUUUAUUGAUAUGAAUAUAAUUAAAUUGCACAAUAGGAACAAGGAAUUGAAUGAAAAUAAGAAUUGCACAAAUUUUAACUAUAGAAAUAUAUUUUGUUUACUAAAACAUUGUACAUGUAAACUUAAACUUAACACGAGAGACUCAUCGUAACGUUACCGAGCGUUACACUUUUUCAUAAGUGACUCCCAGCCGCAACCUAAUUUAAGACGUAGUCACGUCAAAAACGGAAAUACAACUAAUAGUUUCUUUACAUCUUGUCGAACCCAAAUGUGUUUAGAGCAUUUAAUGUGACCGGCAACAUAUCAAUGCAAUAGUAAAAUAAUAUUAUGCUACAAUGGAACACAUAAGGCAAUAUGACUGGUGUGCUACAGAGCCUGAUGUUAAUUUUCUAAGCGAAUCGGAUAUUGACAACUCUGUGACAGAGAAAAUUCUACGUAAUAAGUUCUAUGACCCUCUGGCAUAUAGUGAAUCAGAAGAUGAUGAAAAAUCUAAAGUCACAUUUGAUUGGGAUGAAAUCUUUAAAAAUAAAAAAAAUGACAAGAAAUCUGACAUGGUCGUACAAGGAAUCCAUCCUGUGCCACCGUUUACGAAGCUGUCAGCUCUGACAGGGCUUCAACAUUAUCAGUGCCUUAAAGUACUCUGUUCUCAAUGUCCAGAUGUACUGCCUAAUAUGUUCAUACCUAGACCUACCAAACAUGACUAUAAAGUUUUUGAGCAAGUGCAAGAGGUGUACAAGAAAGAGCAACGGGAAUUCAUUGAAUGGGCAAAAUCACUGUGGACUAGUAAACAUUGUGCUCGUGCAUUAAGACCAAAGCCACCUAUAGAGAUGGUCUAUGAGGCUGAGUUUAAAGUUCGUGCUAACUCACUCCAAAGUUUCCCUAAAAACUAUACAAUGGCUGCACAAAUACCAUUACAACCUCCAAAUACCCCAUGUGAUAUUGAACAUGAAAAGGACAUAAUAAAAGUCAAUGUGGCAUCAUUACCAGAACUACAAUAUCCUGAUAUGAAUAAAAGGAUUACUAUAAUGAAACCAUGCCCAGCCCCAGAGCCUUGCAAUAAACAUCCCUGCCAUUUUAUACUGCCAACGGAGAGUGCGAUGACUAUACUGCCCUUAACGGAGGUGCACAGGGAACUAGCUCAGUUCGCUUUAGAUAACGGGGCUGAUACGAUAGCCAGUGAGAACGCGCUGCGAUGCCUGAUGCAGGAUGACCGCGACUGGGCGCUGCCGGUGUCUGUCUGCACGGCCGUCGAUACGGAUGGAGAGAGUAGAAAUGUGGUGGUAUUCGGUAGCGAGUUCUCCAUUAACAAAGACAGCGCUCAGAUGAGGACGUACAAAGCGUUCAGGCGGCUGUUACAAUAUGCACUUGUUCCGUCGUCUGAAGUAGGUUCCGUCAGUAAGGUAAAGCAAGAUCAAGGAUGCCAUAAGAAGGGCAAAAAGACUGAAGACGGAGGCAGUAAACAAGAUGUCUGUGAUAGCGACGAAGAUGACGAGCAGCUAGUCAUAGACACGGAUAACAUGGCCGACGAAAGCAUGGAAUCUAUUGACGACAAAGUUUCAGAGGAACUCAAGAGUCCGAGACGGAGCGAGAGAAUAGCCAAGGACACGCACAAUUCUUCUAACGAGAGUGCAAACAAAAUUGACUUCUAUAACUGCACGUGUAAAGAUACCCGGUUCGAGCGUCCAGCGCCGCGCUCGUACAGUCGCUGGCGCGUGCGGAACAACGCCACCCGCGAGGACUAUCGACUGUUGGUUCACUGUGUCCAUCGCGCAAGGCAUGAAUCCUCGGAAGUGGUGUUGGAACCGAUACCGGAGUACCAGAUAGACCUGGGGGCCAGCGAGCAAGGUCCGGACAUCGCCAGGAGUCAGGAUCUAGCUAUGAUGCUCAGAAGAAAUGCCUCCGUGCUCAAUGUGCGUAUCGACAUUAGCACAGGCGACAUAGUGCGCGUCGAUCAGAUACGGAAGAACUACGGGGGAUCGAAGGAGGACAGUAGGGAAUCGACGGAGAUUAGCAGGGGAUCGACGGGGACUAGCGGGGACAUCGCCGGGCGUUUGUGGGCCGCGCUCGACCAAGUGAGGGGCUUGCUGCCUGGACAUUACGUGCUGAAGCAUGAGCCGAGUCACGGUAGUAACGCGCUGCUAUACAGCAGCAGUCGAGGGCGGGGACAACUGUCGUUAGAGCCGCAGGGCGGGAACGAGGCCGGAGCCGAGCCAGCCCUGCGGGAGCCCGCCCUCGGGCCCGCCCUACUGCCCGUACACAAGUUCCGUAAAAUCCUGCCUUGCGCUUUCACUCCGCAUCCCAAUCAGCUGACAAAGGAGUCCAGGAAACCGCCAUCGAGACUCAAGACCCCUCCACAAGCCAUCAAGCUGGAGGAGGGUCGGCGCGGCGCGCUCCGUAAGGUAUCGCCGACAUACAGCGACUUUUCGAACCCUAUGAGAGAUUACAUAUCUGCGGUAACACACCCUGAUCCCGCACCGAUACAGCGAAUUUUACGUAAACUUCAUAAAAAAUAACGAAAAGACCCAACCAGUAAAGAAAGAAUGUAAAAUAAAUGUUUUGAUGUUUGAGUCGUGACAGUGGUCAACUUUUAAGAGUUUAAAAAGCUCGCGAUAAAAUCGGUACGGAAUCAGUAGCAUCUUUUAUCGAUCAGUAAUAUUUGGCUGUCUUCAACCGGCAUAUCUAAUACUACUUAAUCUUUGGCUCGUUUGAAGAACUGAGAAAUUGUCGUUUUUAUACGACUUAUCACGUAUUCAGUGUGAAGAGGUGGUGAACUCAUAAGAACGAAAAAUAAUAAAACUACUGACGAGCAUCGGAAAUUACUAGAAAAUUCCUCGGAGAUUUCAGAGACUGCUGAACCGAUUUUCAGAGACAUCUGAACCGAUUUUCAGACACAACUGAACCGAUUUAUCAAAAAUCUACUCAACAGACUUUCAAGGACCUCUGAACCGAUUUCUAAAAACUACUGAACCGAUUAGUUUGUAAACUACGAACCGUUAUUAAUGCAAAUAAUAUAAUGGGCUUCAGUUUGUUACGACAUACUCUAAACUUGUAACUAAAGAACAUGGUAUAACUUAGUAUGAGGGACUCCCCUAGACAUGUAUAAAUAUUGUACUUAGUAAUAUUUAAUGCUCAAUUUCUAUGAAAAAAGGCUCAGGAACUUUUGACGAAGUUACAAUACUGAAAAUUAUGAAAACUCCUACCACAUCAUUACCUUGCUACAUUUGACAAAAGAUGUUGGCAAUUUUUUACAGAGCCAUCAAUUUUGCAUUAUCUUAGUCUUUCUUUGAUUGAAAUGGGUCUGAUUUCCACGUCUCAAAAAGUUUUUUAAAGCAUAAAUACAUAAAUAUAAUAAUUUGUUGUCGUCGGCCCGACAGGAAAUCUGUGAAGUUUUAUUUUGUUCAUUUGCAAAAAUCAAAAUAUUAUAUAUUAAACCUUCAGUGAUUUGUUAUAAAAAAAAUAUUUUAUAGUUCUUAGUAGUCUGGAAUUAAUAUUGUGUAUUUCGAUAUUCUUCAAAUAAUUUUUGUAUAGAUUUAUUGUUAUUUAUUUUUUUAAAGCGGACCAUUUUCCUACUGAAUAAACAUGAAAUCAUUUUUCAUACUUUUAAAUGUUUGAUUGUUUCACGAAAGUUUUAUGAGAAUAAUACACACGUAUUAAAUAAUAAACAAAUAUUUUAAUGUUGCAGGCUAGUGCCAAAUAAUUAUACAUGUUAUGGGCAGUUUCUUAGCCAUGUCCUUUAACAACAACCUCAAGUUUAUGGUUUAAAAGAUCAUGUAUGAAUUGAACCCAUUGUGUCUACAGAUAUGUCCGUAUUACCUGUAUUUAGAGUAAACCUGAAUGUAAAAAGUCCACGUAACUAUAGUCUGAUAUUUUAUUCUACGGAAUUCACACAGCUGUAUUUUUUUUUAUUUCAGAUAUCAUAAUUUUUUUUAUUAUAUUUCUUCAGAUACCAUAAACUUUAAAAGUUUAAAGCUUAUCCUGGUGAAGAAAACUUUAACGUUCUAUUUAAACGCAAACCAGGUAUUUCCCAUCAUGGUUUGUCCUGUACUCCUUUGUAUUUAUUCAUAAUAACAAAGGUUAUUAAUAUUAAAAAAAAAGUCAUUUGAAUGAAUAAAACUUUUUGAAUAUAAAAUUACAAAAUAAUAUGGAAAAGAGUUAGAUUAAGUAAACUAUAUGACAAUGUUAAUAAUGUUUUUUUUGUGUAUUCAAUGUGCUAACUGAUAAUUUAAUUUAAAAUGGCAAAAUAGAAAGAAAUAAAAAACAAUAUUUAUUUGUGUAUCAUUAUCACUAAUAUUAUAAUAUUCAACAUCAUCUUCGACUCAAAACUUCACUUAUAUAAGAACCAAAGAUUUUGCUAACCUAUGACUAGUAGAUAUGGAUACCUAUGAAUGAAAAAUAAUUUCCUUACUUCAAUACUGUGAUAGCAAAAAAUCUGAUUACCGUUUUUAUGUCAUCCGUCAAUUUUAAGUUUUAGUUUUUCUAAUUUAAAAUAUUAGAUGCAAGUAAGAUUUUUUUAAUGUCGCUUAAAACUAUUCAACAUAUUGCAGAUAUUAAAGGACUGUUUUAUCAUUGGCAACAUUUCUGAAAUGUAAGACUUUCGUGGAAUUUAAAAUCAGAGUAUAGCCAAAG